AUGAUAGCUAUGCUAAAAACUGUGAAUGAAAAAGAAACGAAAGGACUGUCAACACGGCUGCUUAGUGGCUCUUUGAGUAGGCUAAGCUUGCUUUCUCUAAAAAUACUGGUUCAGCAAUUAUACGAUAGAAUCAAAGAUAGUAUUGCUUCUCUUGAACAUAUUCAAUAUUUGAAAAAGAAACAACAAAACUAUAAACUAAAUGAAAAGACAAUCGAUGUGCCCAUGACAAUCUUUUGCCAUCAGAACGAUAGAAAAAGAAAAGUUGGUCGUGGUUCACUCAGAAAAAGCGUUUGGCCAGUACCACGGCUAGAAGCAAUUUUUUUACCUGAAUUUUCUAAUAAUUCGCGUAUUACAGAAAAAGAUUUCUUGAUUCUAAACUGCAUCGGAAAGGGUACAUUUGGUAAAAUAUAUAGAGUAUGCUUGAAAUUUGAUCGAAACUUUUUAUUUGCUAUGAAAAAACAGUUGAAAAGUGAAAUUUUGACACGAAAUGCCAUUCAACAAGUUAAAGAUGAAGCUUUAGUACAUAAAAGUCUCUCGGAUGGCGUGUUUAUUGCGAAAUGUUACGCAAGUUGGCAAUCGAGGACACAUCUCUUCACAGUACUUCAAUACGCAACGGGUUACGGUGAUUUGUUUAUGCUCUGGCGUGAUUAUGGACCUUUUGCGGAAGAUACAUUGAGAAUAUAUGCUGCCGAAAUUGCUUUUGCUUUAGAUUACAUUCACAGGAACAAUAUAGCUUAUCGAGAUUUAAAAAUGGAAAAUAUUGUGCUUGAUCUUGAUGGCCAUAUUCUGAUUAUUGAUUUUGGUUUCGCUAAAAAACUUACUAACGGAGAACGAACGCGAACAGUAUGUGGAACACUUCAGUACAUGGCUCCUGAAAUAGCCAAAGGGAAAUUUUAUGGCAGAGAGGUGGAUUGGUGGUCUUACGGAGUGCUGCUUCAUGUUUUAAAUACAAAUAGUUAUCCAUUUCCAAAUCGUGAUGUCACUUCGCAUAUUGAACUUAGAUAUGAUAGUUAUAAUACUCCGUGCUGUGAACCAAUGCUUGUCGAUCUUUUCAAUAAGCUAUUAAGUGUAAACAUAGAACGAAGGAUACAUACAUUUGCGCAGGUGAAAUCUCAUCCGUUUUUCGAAAGCGUUAAUUGGGAUGAUGUUGCAUUGAAAAAGUUAGUACCAUUUGCCCAUAUCGAGGAGCUACAACGUUGUCCAAGCUGCAAUUCUUUAUACGACAAAAGUGUAUCUGAUUUCAAUACCACAGAUGAAGAGGAGAAUUGGGCUGCUUUUGAGGAAGAAUAUGAGUUUAACAGCGACGAUUACUUUCAUGAUGAACUGCAAUGA